UAAAGGUUAUCUUGGAUGUCAUUGGUUACUGUUUGGUUGCUGCUGGUGUCGUUUUUGGGCGGAGUGAUUGACUUGAAUCGACCGAAUACAUCGACUAGCCUAGCCUGUAGCCCACGCAAUCGAAAAGGGUGGGAGUUUGACCUCCUCUCACAUUUUGUGCCCACUAAAAAACUUGGGAUUUCAAGGAAUUGUGGGUUAACCUAUACAUUUAACAGAAUGGAAGCGUACAUAUGAUUUUCGCACAUUAUGGACACUUUGGCCGCUAGAAAGCUGUAAAAGGUUUAUGUACUUCUUUACAUAAGUUAUAUCUUCGGUGCUUCAACAACCAAGCUCAUUGACCACGAUGCGCAAUUCUCUGCGCUUCGUGUCGGGGCGUUGGAAUGCCAAGACAUCUUGAAUCGGUGGGCAAAGACCUUCGGUUAGGGAUCAGCCCGUAUGAAGAGACCUCUCACUUAGUAGCCUUCAAUCUAAGCACCCCGUGUCAAGACGUUGCCGCGACACAGAAGUCCCCGUUUAUUCCCCAAGUCUCUGGAUACGCAGCUGCGCUCCAAAACCACUACGGCGGUCACUUCGGUUCACAUGAAUAUAGAGCUAUUGACUCCAUGGAUUUUUCGAUCAUGUAUCGCACUUCAGACAUUGUCGAUAUAGCAACAAGGGAUGCUGAGCACGGAUUUUUCAGCCGCACCUCAACAGAAAGUUUGCGAAUGCCCCUGAUGAUCUCUGAAAACCCGAUGCACCCUCUAUUUCCAUCUAUAUACGACCAGAGCGCAUCCCCAAAUGGAUACACAGCGAACCGCAGGGCGCAUGUGGGUUCACAGGGAGACAUAUACGUGGGAGCAGAUCCGCAUCAACCUGUCUCCAGUCCUCACCCACACGUCAGUGCUACCCAGCUUUACUUUGAUCCCAAUGUGGAUAUGGGUAUGAGAGUAGCAACACAGAAUGGUAACGGUGCUUUCUGUCGAUACAUGCGACAGCCCUCUAAGCAGGAUGUCACCUGUAAAUGGAUAGCUGAGAAUCAGACAAAUCAACCCCCAAAAACGUGCGGCAAGAUGUUCUGCUCCUUGUUUGAACUGGUUACGCACGUCUCCAUGGAUCACGUCGGCGGUCCAGACCAGGGUCAUCAUACUUGCUUUUGGGAGGAUUGUCCGAGAGAAGGCCAAUCUUUUAAAGCAAAGUAUAAAUUAGUCAACCACAUUCGUGUACACACUGGAGAAAAGCCAUUCAAUUGUCCGUUUCAUGGUUGUGGGAAAAUAUUUGCCAGGUCGGAAAAUUUGAAAAUACAUAAAAGGAUUCAUACAGGUGAGAAGCCCUUCAAAUGCCAUUUCGAAGGCUGUGACAGGCGGUUCGCAAAUAGCAGCGACAGAAAAAAACACAUGCACGUACAUACCUCAGACAAGCCAUAUAUGUGCAAGGUGUGUGACAAGGCCUACACUCAUCCCAGCUCUCUGAGGAAACACUCGAAGCACCCUUCUGAGGACACCCGUCAUAUGAGCGGAGCCAUCAGCCAUGGUGGUGGUAGUGGUGACAGGCUGGAGCCUGCAGUAAUUGUGCCCCUGCUGAGAUGCUAG